UUCAAGGUCAAAAUAAGAUGCAACAACGUGUGUUCUGUAGUAAGCCUGGAUUUACAUAAAACCAUGAGCACAUUAAUACGAAGAGUUGCCUGUGGCAUGUCAGGAGGAGUGGACAGUGCAGUGUCUGCCUUGCUGUUGAAACAGAAAGGUUAUGAGGUUCUAGGUGUAUUUAUGAAGAACUGGGAUGGGAGAGAUGAGACUGGUUUCUGCUCAGCUGAUGAAGACAGGGAGUAUGCCCAGUAUGCCUGCAGUCACCUGGACAUCCCUUUUAUUGAGGUCAACUUUGAGAAGGACUACUGGCAUAAUGUGUUCUGUGAACUUAUAGAAGAAUAUGAAAAUGGCCUGACACCAAACCCAGAUGUUUUAUGUAACAAGCACAUAAAGUUUAACAAAUUCUUCAAUUAUGUCCGAGAUGAGCUUGGGGCUGAUGCAGUGGCCACGGGUCAUUACGCCCAGUCCUCUGCUGGACCUUACCUAGAGAACUUGGACACUAGCAAAGGGGUCAAACUACUCAAAGCAGCAGACACUCUUAAAGAUCAGACAUUGUUCUUGUCGCAGAUAUCCCAGAAGUCCCUGCAGAGGACCAUGUUUCCUCUUGGCGGACUCCUGAAGACACAGGUCAAACAGAUGGCUGUUAGUGCUGGCAUGGAGAAACUGGCACAGAAGAAAGAGAGCAUGGGUAUUUGUUUUAUCGGAAAAAGAAAAUUCCAGUCAUUUUUAGAAGAAUAUAUAGAACCCCGACCAGGAGAGUUCAUAGACAUAGAGACGGGGAAGGUGGUGGGCAGUCACAAAGGUGUCCAGUUCUGGACAGUUGGCCAGAGGUGUCACCUGGGUGGGAUGCCCCAUGCCUAUUAUGUGGCCAGUAUUUGUCCAGAGACACAGCAGAUAUUAGUGGCCCCAGGAAGUGACCACCCAGCCCUGUACACUGAUUUAUUUAAGGCUGGGCCACCCCACUGGAUUCACAGUGAGCCCACACUCUUACAAGCCAUACAUAAACAGGAGUGCGACUACUUAAUCCAAAAAAUGGACUCGCUAACGAGGUGUACGUUAUGGAAGCCUUUUAAUGGACUGGAGGAGCUUGAAGUCCACUGUUCCUGUACUGCCAGGGCUAUAACGCCAGGGCAGUACGCAGUGUUCUAUCUAGGUGAUGAAUGUCUAGGAAGUGCCAAAAUACUAUCAACUGGACCUUCUAUGUUUGACCUUGACAAUGACCCAAAGGAUAAUGACCUUGACCCAGAUAGUCAUGAAAUUGUGGAGAGUCGUGUAUGACACAUUGAUUUUCGAUCUUAAAUUUUUAUAUAUGGAAUUUUGUUUAACUGAGACGUUGGUUGUCAGACUUUUUUUAUAGAUCAAUUUAUUUUUAUUUAAAAAAUAUGGAUGCAAGAUAGAAGGUUUUUCUUUCUCUCUAUCAGGGUCUGUCUGGUAUUGCAUCAUGUGACGUUUAUAAAUUAAACGAAUGAGAAAAAUAUCUAGGUAUAAUAUCCAUACCAAUAAAACCUGCAGGCAGCGGCUGAAAUUACUUUGAUCGCAAAUUUUGAAAAAAAAAAGAAAAAUAUAAAAUCUUAUGGCCCGUUUCAGUGCCAGUUACACUAUCGCAUUGUAAUGAAAUUUGAUAUAACAGUACACUGUUUUAAAUCUUGAAACCAUUAUGUACUGAAUAAUGGGUCCAAGAUUAAAUGGGAUAAUAAAAAAGAGCGGUUUUCAUUA